UAGAGACACAAGCCAAAGUGUGAAAGUGAGAGAAAUUCCAUGGUGGAGAGUCCGGUAAACUUUCUGAUCGAAAAGUUGGCAGCCCUUUUUGACAUUUUCACAUGGCGGAGAGUCCAGUAAACUUUCUUAUCGAAAAGUUGGCGGCCCUUUUUGACAAUGAGGUCAAUCUGUUAAGAGGAGUUCGGGAAGAAGUUGUGUGUUUAAGAUGGGAGCUUGAACGGAUGAGGGCAUUCUUGCGAAUUGCAGAUGCGUUGCAGGAGAGUGAUGAAGAGCUCAGCGUCUGGGUUAAGCAAGUCAGAGAUAUUGCGCAUGAGACCGAGGAUCUUCUUGCGGAGUACACACUUCUCCAAAGACAUAACCAUGGAACUGGGUUCUACGGCUCUCUCUGUAGAUUUGCCUGCUGCAUAAAGAAUGCAAAAGCUUGUUAUCGGAUUGCGGCAGAAUUGAAGAGUGUUAACUUGAGGCUUAGAACAAUCAGCGAGGUCCACAAGAGACUUCGUCAUAAGUUCAGCAGAGUGGAACAAGGUUUGGGCUCAGCCGGUGCUUUCAACACUUGGGAGGAUCAUCGUGACGAUGCCCUUCUCUUGGACAAAUCAGAUUUGGUGGGAAUCGACGGGCGCAAGAAGCAGCUUGUUGGGUGGCUGAUCGAGGGUGGUUUGGGGCGCGAAGUUGUUUCUCUGGCUGGACAAGGAGGGAUGGGGAAGACCACCUUGGCAAAGCAAGUCUAUGACGAUGCAGAAGUGAAAAAGAAUUUUAAAGUACGAGCAUGGAUCACCGUUUCCCAAUCUUUCGAAAUUGAAGACCUCCUCAAGGACAUGGUUGAACAGCUCUACAAAGCAAUAAAAAGAAGAGUGCCACCAGAAGUUGGCAACAUGAACAACAAUCGACUGAAGACAACAAUUAAGAAGCUGCUGCAGAGACAAAGGUAUUUAAUUGUUUUGGAUGAUGUGUGGCACUUGCAUGCCUGGCGUGCCGUGCAAUAUGCUCUGCCUAAUAACAGCUUUGGCAGCAGAGUUGUGCUCACCACACGUAACACCGAUGUAGCCACCACCGCUUGCAUAGAGUCGGAAGGCAAGACAUAUAAUUUGGAGCCUUUGCCCCCAUCAGACUCUUGGGACCUUCUUUGCAGGAAGACAUUCCAAGGCAAUCCAUGUCCUCCUCACUUGGAGGAAAUAUGUAAAUACAUUUUGAAAAGAUGUGAAGGAUUGCCUCUUGCAAUAGUUGCUAUCAGUGGUGUUCUGGCUACAAAAGAUACGCGGAGGAUUGACGAAUGGGAUAUGGUUGCUCGUAGUCUUGGGGCAGAGAUCGAUGGCAAUGACAAGCUCAAGGAUUUGAAAAAGGUUCUUUCUCUUAGUUUCAAUGAUCUACCCUAUUAUCUCAAGUCAUGUUUCUUGUACCUGAGCAUCUUUCCCGAGGAUCAUCUCAUUGAACAUAUGAGGUUAAUCCGCCUGUGGAUCGCGGAGGGAUUCAUCGAAGCAAAAGAAGGUAAAGUAGUGGAAGAAGUAGCAGAUGACUAUCUCAAUGACCUCUUGAACAGAAGCUUGAUGCAAGUUGCAACAACCACAAGCGAUGGAAGGGUCAAAACAUUUCGUAUCCACGACCUUCUCCGGGAGAUCAUCAUUUCAAAAUCAAGAGAUCAGAACUUAGUGAUGGUUGUGAAAGGACAAAAUGUGCAGUGGUCUGAUAGAGCUCGACGCCUGUCGGUACACUACACGUUGCAACAUCUGCUGCCAAAUAGGUCAGUAUCCCAACUACGCUCUCUCUUCAUGUUUGAAGUGACUGAGAAAUUACGCCUGCAUACAUCAUUUCCCGGUGGUUUUCGGCUACUUUCAGUGUUAGAUCUCCAAAAUUCCCAUUUAAAGAAAUUUCCUGUUGAAGUUGUCAACUUAUAUUACCUGAAGUACUUGAGCUUAAGGGAUACCAAAGUGAAAAUAGUCCCAAGAUUUAUUGGGAAGCUUCAGAACUUAGAGACUUUAGAUCUGAAGCAUUCUCUAGUCACUGAACUACCUGUUGAGAUACUGAAGCUCAAACGACUGCGCCAUCUCCUGCUAUAUAGAAGUAAAUUCGUGUCUUAUGAACUGUUCGAUUCUAGAUCCGGUUUUAGAGUUAUGGCAAAUAUAGGAGUUCUGCAAUCCCUACAAAAGCUCUGCUUCAUUGAGGUAAAUCAAGGCAGUGGCAACAUGGUGAAGGAACUGGGGAAUCUAAAUCAAUUGAGAAGGCUAGGCAUUGUAAAGCUGAGAAGAGAAGACGGGAAAGUUCUUUGUUCGUCUAUCGGGAAGAUGACCAAUCUACGCGCAUUGUCUAUAGCUUCAUUUGAAGAGAAUGAGAUCAUAGAUUUGCAACACCUUUCAACUCCUCCGGUAUUGCUUCAACGGCUUUACAUGAGAGGACGUUUGGAAAUGUUACCUCACUGGAUUCCCUCACUUCAUAGCCUUGUCAAGUUGUCUUUCAAAUGGAGCAGGUUAAAGGAUGAUCCACUGGUAUACCUUCAGUAUCUCCCCAACCUUCUUCAUCUUGUACUAUGCCAGGUAUUCAAUGGACACAGAUUGUGCUUCCGAGCUGGCGGGUUUAAAAAGCUGAAGAUUUUGGGUCUAGAUGAGUUUGAUGAGCUCAAGUGCAUACAAGUGGAGCCAGGAGCAAUGACGCUUCUUGAAGAUCUAAGUAUCCGACGAUGUCGGUUUUUGGAGAAGGUUCCCUCUGGCAUUGAGCAUCUAACCAAGCUUAAAUUGCUCGAGCUUUCCAAUAUUCCUGCAGAAUUAUUCAACACUCUUCGGCCCAAUGUGAAAGAUAGCGAGUAUUGGAGAGUGGCUCACAUCCCAGAAGUGUAUUCAACGUACUGGAGAGAAGGAGAAUGGAAAGUAUACUCCUUGGAGAGUUUGAGUGAUGGUGAGAAUUGUCCCCUGCCCAGCACAGUCAUAAAGACCCAUGAACUUCAUACUCGGUGGAAAUAACUUUUCUUACAGGUGGGAAU